GCCAGACGUUGUAUUAAAAUGUCAAAGGAGCCAAGUGAGGAUACCAAGUUUUUGAAUGAAAAGUGUGAAAAGCAAAAGCAGCCUGAGCUAGAAGAAGAUGCAGAUCAUCUGUGUGGCUUUUGGUUGUUCAAAGGUCCACGACUACAAAGAUUUGCCAGUGAAAAAAUCUACGUUGUGCUCUAUGGCAUAACGGGCUGUCUUAUUGCUAUGGCUUUUGCCUAUUUUAAUGGCACGCUCACAACGCUGGAGAAACGCUUUAGAAUACCCUCGAAAACAUCUGCAAUUAUAUCAACUGGCAAUGAUAUCAGCACUACAUUAAGUGCCGGCUUCUUGGGCUAUUAUGCAGGGCGAGGACAUCGUCCACGCUGGAUUGCAUUCGGUCAAGGCAUUGUAGCAUUGUUUUGUUUAAUGAUGAUACUGCCACAUGUGCUCUAUGGCCCGGGCAAGGAUGGUUUGAAGCUAACACGCGAAUAUGUGGAAAUGGAAAAUGUCACUGAAGCGGAAAAUCGCAAGCUGUGUAAUAAGCAUGAGGACGAGUGCCUGGGAAAUGUAGUUGUAUCCUGGGCGCCCAUCAUAUGUUUAUUUAUAGCGCAGUUUAUAGGUGGCAUAGGCUGCUCGCUGUUCUUUACGCUGGGUCUGACCUAUAUGGAUGAUAAUACGACGCGUUCAAAAACACCAGCAUUGCUAAGUUGGUCCGCUUUUCUGCGCAUGCUGGGACCUGCUGCGGGUUUCUAUCUGUCCUCGCUUUGCUUGGACUUUUAUAUACGUCCGGACUUGCAUCCGCUAAUACAAAAGGAAGAUCCACGCUGGUUGGGCGCCUGGUGGUUGGGCUGGAUUGUGCUCUUCUUUAUACUGCUCAUCUCUGCAGUUGUCAUCUAUAUGUUUCCCAAGGAGCUGCCCAGCGCGCGCGAGCGUCGACUUAAGUCAACGGAAACUAACAAAGUUCAGUCCUUAGCGGAGCUUUCAUUUCAGGACAUGCUCAUAUGCAUCAAACGCUUGCUGCGCAACAAGGUUUAUGUCUACAACAACAUCGCUUCCUUGCUCUACUUUUUCGGCUAUAUGCCGUAUUGGAUGUUUAUGCCCAAGUAUAUUGAAACACAGUAUAAGCAAUCAGCUUCCAAGGCUACCAUGGCUACUGGCACAUUCGGCUUGGGUUUCUCCGCAGCUGGCGUGCUGCUCUCGGGUUUUGUCAUCUCCAGAUAUAAGCCCAGCGCUCGUGCAAUGGCCGCCUGGAAUGGCAUUGUUGAUCUGCUCACAGUAGCAGGACUCAUUGGCUAUGUAUUCAUUGGCUGUGACGGCAGCGAUUCAGCCACAGCCAUGUCGCCCUAUAACGCCUGCAGCUCCGCUUGUCAUUGCGAAUAUGUGCCCUUUGCUCCCAUAUGCGGUGCCGACAAUGUCACUUAUAUAUCACCUUGUCACGCUGGCUGCAGCAGCAAGCAGCAGAAUGAGCUUGGCAUAAUGGAAUACAGUGACUGCAAGUGCAUCAGCAAUUCAACAGUUGUGAGCCAGCCGCUAAUUGCCAAGGAGGGUCCUUGUCCAGUGGACUGCUCGCAGCCGUUUUACACUUUCAUCGCUGUCAUGUGUUUCCUCAAAUUCGUUGGCUCCUCGGGCAGAACCUCCAAUGUGCUGCUGGCUUUGCGUUGUGUUGCAGACGAAGACAAGAGUUUUGCUCUGGGAUUUGGCAACAUGGUGCUCUCCUUGCUUUGCUUUAUACCAAGUCCCAAUUUCUUUGGCUGGUUGAUUGAUAGUUUUUGUUUGGUAUGGGGCAAGGACUGUAGCAGCAAAGGCAACUGUUGGCUUUAUGACACCAAAUCCUGGCGCUAUUCUAUGAAUCUCAUAUCUGCUUCGUGCAUAUUUUGUGCUAGUUUUUGGAACUUUGGAGUUUGGUAUCAUGCCAAGCAUCUGAAGAUAUUUGAUGAGGAAGCAGAGCAAAAGCCUAGGGAGCUAGAAGUGCUUGCCACAGCAGCGCAAAAAAAGGAAGCAAGUCAAUAAGAUAAUAUGCUGUUAUUAUAUUAAGUUUUCAAAACAUUAGCGUUGUUCAAGCUUAUUUAGAAUAAAGAUAAAAUGUC